AAAUAAAGUUGAACUAAUUUGUUUCUUCCAGGAAAUGUUUUCAUUACAACAUUCUCAAAUGCAAGCAGAAAUAAUCACAAACCACUUGAAAUGAACAUGAGAGUUGUCUACAAGAGUCUGUUGUUUUUACUGGGGUUUUUCUCAGUUCAAACGAAGGGAGGAACUGAAGUGAACAUAGCAACAUGGGGCAAAGCCAAUCAAUCGACGCUAGUUUACAACUGGUAUCCCUCAAACGCUCUGGAUGGGAAAAACUCCACCUGCACUCAUACAGAUAUACAGAGUGACCCGUGGUGGAAGCUGGACCUGCUGAAGACGUACAGUGUGAACAGAGUGACCAUCACUAACAGACACGACUGCUGUAGUUACAGGCUAAAUGGGUCAGAGAUUCGGGUUGGAAAUGAUUCUUCAGAUCUUUUCAGAAACCCAGUAUGUGCUGUAGUUUCUUCUAUUCCAGCGGGAGCUACCUACAGUUACUCGUGUGGUGGGAUGGAGGGACGCUACGUUAUUGUGAAUAUUCCUGGAGAUUCAAGGAUUCUUACUCUCUGUGAAGUGGGAGUCUAUGUCAUUUUUCCAGGUAAUUUGGCAACAGGAAGACCCGCCACACAGUCAUCAACCUAUGGACUGUGGUCUGCAGAACAGGCCAUUGACUACAAUCCAGGUUUCAUCCAGCCAUCAUCAUCGUGUUCCUCAACCAAUAUUCAGACUAACCCAUGGUGGAGAGUGGAUCUGAGUUCUGUGCACCGAGUUAAUAGAGUCAUCAUCACAAACAGACUAGACAGCUAUCCAGAACGAAUAAACGGAGCAGAGAUUCGCAUCGGAAACUCUUUGGAGAACAACGGCAACAACAAUCCCAUAUGUGCUGUGAUCUCUAGCAUUCCAGCUGGUGAUUCCUCCACCUACACCUGUAAUGAUAUGGAGGGUCAAUAUGUGAAUCUGUUCAUUCCUGGAGAUUCAAAGUGUCUUACUCUGUGUGAAGUGGAGGUCUAUGAAGAAGGUCCUGCUUUCCAGGAAGAAUCUUGUGAAGAUGAAACUUAGCUUUAAGUCUGUCUGAACCUCCAGCUCCUAUCACAGGUGAGAGAGGGAAACAUACAGAAAUCUGAAAUCAAAUCACCUUGAUUCCAGUUUUAAAAAUCUGCUCAUUUCUGCUUCAGUCAGCUCUGGUGGAACGAGGGUCUCAACCACACUAAAAGGAACUGGUGUUGAAGGAAGCUGUGCCAAGUCAAUGUUUUCCUACAAACACUGGAAAACAGAGAAGGAAUAUUGAUUUUGAAGUAAAUUAUUUA